UUCGCGAGCAAAUUCCCUUUUUCUCCAGCUGGACGUGGGGAACGGUGAGCAUAUUAGCAAUUAUACCCAGUCCCAAGGUCUCGGCGCCUCUUGAUUCCUGUCCACGCUGCAACCAAGAAAACGAAAAAAGGCAAGAAACAGGCAACUUUAAAGAGAAGAAAAAGACCACGACCCGACUCGAGAGCCCCCUUUUCGCCAGAACCCAAAGAAAGGACGACCAAGAAAUUGCAUCCCAUUUGUGGUGACGUUUAUGUUUUCCGAGCUUCCAGAUUUGGGCCAAACUGGUCAACGGAAGCAAACCUUAAUCGACAAGACAUUUCAUUUCCCCAAGACUUUUUGAUCGAUUUAUCCAAAAAGGCCAUCAAAUCAACCGCACCCCAUCUCUCCGUCUCGAAAGGAACGGCAGUCACCGGUAUUUGCAACCCGACCCGAUCGGAAGCAAGGCAUCCUACCUAAUCCGCCACGUGCGUGCGCCGCGCAUUGAACCUCCUGCAGGUUGUCAUAUAAGAGGGGGGGACUGGCCACAGGCCGUCCGAUCAACGUCGACCCUUGCGCGCGUCACUUGCCGCGGGAGGAUUUAGUCUUUUUUUUUUGUCCUUUUCGUCUUUCUUCCCAUCCCCUCCCUCACACACCACGCACAGCAACCAUGACUUCCCAAAAGUCGUCGGCGCUGUCGGCGCGACACAUUCAGGAUUUCACCAACGCCACCAAUGUCGUCAGCUACUGGGGCUACGCAGACCGCAUCGUGCCCUGCGCCAACGACCCGGGCAGCUGCGCGUACCUCGACCUCGUCUACGAGAGCCACUCCACCGGCAUGCUGUACACGGGCAUCAUGUGGGCUCUGAUCCUCGGCAUCCUGUUGGUAUGGGCCUUUAUGCGCAAGGUGUUUCCCUCGGCGCCGGCCCCGGUCGACGUUGCUUCUUCGAGGGUCGAGGACGGGCAAGCGCCGGCGAAAUCUGCCGUCACCAGGCUGCGCAACGCGAUCGCUUCUUCGUCGAGGCGCUGGCUCCUGCCAGAGUCGAUGAGGUGGUUGUUUGGCCACGUCACCCGCCUGCAGCUGGCCGUCCUGGGCAUUGUCAUCAUCUACCUGACCAUCUUCAGCUUUGCCGGCAUCUACUACGCCUCGUGGGUCACGCCCGUCAAGAACAUGCCGGGCGUCUACAACUUCCGAUCCAGUCUCGGCCCCUGGUCCAACCGCGUGGGUGUCUUCGCCUAUGCCCUGACGCCCAUGUCCGUCAUGCUGGCCAGCCGCGAAUCUAUCCUCUCCAUCUUGACCGGCGUGCCGUACCAAUCCUUCAUGUUUAUGCACCGCUGGCUGGGCUACAUCAUGUUUGCCCAGUCCGUCCUGCACACCAUCGGCUGGUGUAUCAUCGAGAUCCGCCUCUACCAGCCCCAACCCAAGGUCGGCAUCGAGUGGAUCACCCAGACCUACAUGAUCUGGGGCCUGGUCGCCAUGAUCCUCCUGACCAUCCUGGUCCUCCUGAGCACCAAGUGGGCCAUCCGCGCCUUUGGCUACGAGUUCUUCCGCAAGGCCCACUACGUCCUCGCCAUGGUCUACAUCGGCGGCGCCAUCGCCCACUGGGAGGGGCUCAUGUGCUUCCUGGUCCCCGGCAUCCUGCUCUGGUUCGUCGACCGGGCCGCGCGUCUCGUGCGCACCGGCCUGCUGCACUACAACUACCUCGAGGACGGCACGCUCGGCUUCGGUUCCGCCAAGGCCUCUGUGCAAAUGUUUGAGGACGCCGAGGGCGACGGCGACGUCGUCCGCCUCGACUUUGACCACCCGCACCAGGCCUGGGCCAUCGGCCAGCACUUCUUCCUCACCUUCCCCGAGCUCAGCAUCUGGCAGAGCCACCCCAUGACCCCGCUCGCACCCCCCGUCAUGCCGGGCGCCGCCGGCGGCAAGACCGGAUCCAGGCACUCGUACGUCAUGCGCGCCAAGGCCGGCGAGACCAAGAAGCUGGCCCUCCUAGCGGCACAGAAGCUCGCCGCCGGUGGUGCAGGAGCAGAGUCGACAACCGCCGAAAAGACUGCCGCCAGCAGCGGCAGCAGCCAAAACAACAACGAGAGCAGUAAAACCCCAACGCCGACCGUCUCGGUCAUCCUGACCGGCCCCUACGGCCAAUCCAUCAUGCACAGCCUGCGGUCCGACGCCAACGUCCUCUGCGUGGCCGGCGGCACGGGCAUCACGUUUGUGCUGCCGCCGCUGCUGGAGAUUGUGCGCAGCGCCCCCGUCCCCGGGCGCAAGAUGGAGCUGGUCUGGGCGGUCCGGCACGCGCGCGACAUGGCGUGGGUGGCGCCCGAGCUGGCCGAGCUGCGCGCCGCCAGCGCGACGCACAACCUGCACAUCGACGUCUACGUGACGCGCGACGCCAAGACGCGGUCCGGCAAGGUCGCGGGCGGCAAGGACGAGUCGGCGGCGAGGAACGACGUCGCGACCGUGUCGGGCUCGUCGGCGGGCUCCAUCUCCUCGGGCGAGGAGGUCGAGGAGGAGGCCAACGUGGCGGUGCACCGGUCCGGCCACGUCGAGAACCCCCAGGUGCGUAGGCCAAAGAUGGACGCCAUCGUCGCUGGGUUCGUCGGCGGCGUCGCGGCCGGCUCGACGACCGUGUACGCCAGCGGACCGCUCGAGAUGGUGGGUGAUUUGCGCGUUGCGGUCGCCAGGCAAAACGACAGCGGCAAGGUGUGGCGGGGCGAGGAGAGGUUUGACGUGCGGCUGGUGAGCGAUGACCGUAUUGAAUGGUAAACGUUUGCGUGUUUACGUGUUUGCGCUUUUUCCUAGCUGUUUUCAAAUCUAGAGAUACCAUAUAAAUCAUAAUAUCAAGCUUCGACUUAGACUC